UGCAAGUUACAACCAUGGCUAAUAGUAAGCAUGCAGUAAUAGCAUUUCUAGUUCCCAUGCCCUCCAUUCUCUUUUACCUUUCAUUUCUCAAAAACCAGAGUCACCAAACCAGUAGUACUGGGAGUCUGUCUCCUCUUUGGGCAUGGUGCUAUCACCACCCUCUUCUAUUAGCCAAUGCCCUCUUCUUUCUCAAUGUCAAUGUCCUCUUCUGGGUCAUCAGCCAAGUUCUAUCUAAUCACUGGAUGAUCUCUUUGUAUUGGACAGUGAUACCAGUAAUGCUAGUUCACUACUACAAGGCUCACCCUCUGGCUGAAUAUAAUUGGUUGCGCUCCAUUAUUGCAAUUUUGAUGACUUGGCUUUGGAGCCUCAGGAUUGUUCACAACUAUUUUAGGCGGGAAAAUUGGCAGUGGAGUGCCAGGGAGGAUUGGCGAUUCACCAAUAUGACCUCACAAUAUGGCAAGCACUGGUGGUGGGCUUCCUUCUUUGCCAUUUACCUCUCUCAGCAGGUUUUUCUAAUUGGACUGUGCCUUCCGAUGUAUGUAAUCCACUCAGUUAAUGUUCCGCUGAACAUCUGGGAUAUUGUUGCCAUCAUGGUCUCCGUUUCUGGCGUUGCUAUAGCAUACUUUGCUGACACACAAUUGUAUAAAUUUACAAGUAAAAACAACAAGCUAAAGGAACUCGGAGAGCCAGUCGUACUUAUUCUUGAUAGAGGACUGUGGCGUUAUUCACGCCAUCCCAAUUACUUUGGAGAGCAAUUGUGGUGGUGGGGACUCGCUAUAUUUGCAUGGAACCUCGGACAUGGAUGGACCUCUGUAGGGGCUUUCCUCAAUACAAUUUGUUUAGCUUAUGUGACAAAGCUCGUGGAACAACGAAUGCUAAAACAGGACUACAGAGCAGAAGCAUACAGGCAGUAUCAGAAGACAACCUCAGUUUGGAUACCUUGGUUCAAGUCAUCCCCAAUUGAAGGAAAAGAUAAGAAACCUUAGUUUGAUAUCUGUUUCAGUGUCAGUUUUAUUUGUACUUGUUCUUAGUUGCAUUAUCAGUGUGCCUCUUUUCUUCUGUAGUAAUGCCCUACAUCCUGCUGUUGUUGUCAACUGUUCUUUAAUUGAAAAAAGGUAAUGC